AGCUCUUCCUGCAGUGUUAUGAGCUGAGCAAGACUGAAGUUGAGAACUGGAUAAAACAACUCAUCUUAAAGAUUGCUGGGAAUGCAGCCUCCGCUGCCACCCGAAGCCGUCAGAGAGCUGGUGUGCUCCUGUCUGCACAGAGACCCGGUAGCCGCAGACCUCCGCUGCAGCCUGUUUGUUGCUGCGCUCAGACCCUUCCCUCCUCGAUACAUAAGUGGUGACAAUAAGGACUUUGAGGAGUUGUUGGCAGAUGUGAGCUCAUUGCCUGGUGUGAGAGAGUUGGUGAGGCUACGACCUGGAGAAGGAGAUCAGCAUUUGGCUCUCACACACUGGAUUCUGUCUUCAAAGAGCUUUGCUGUGAAGACACUGCAGAAAGAUGAGUAUGCCAAGCUCUGUAACCUGACGGAAAAUGAAGGGAUCUCUGCACCUGUGCCAAACUUCCUCUUUGAGCUGGAGUACUCCGAUUAGAUGAACGCCAGGUUUGAGAGGACGAGAGAAGGAUGAGAUGUUUUCUUUGCAUUCCACGGGAGCCGCCUGGAGAACUUUCACUCAAUCAUUCAUAACGGGCUGCACUGUCACCUCAAUAAGAACUCAGUGUUUGGAGAGGGAACCUACCUCACCAGCGACCUCAGCAUGGCUGUCCUCUACAGUCCUCACAGCAGCAGCUGGCAAGAAAGUAUCCUGGGUCCACAACUCAGCUGUGUGGCCUUGUGUGAAGUCAUUGAUCAUCCAGAUGUGAAGUGCCAGGUGAAGAAAAAAGAUUCUGAAAUCAUCGACCGCCAGCGCUCAAGGGCAAAGAACAGUGAAGGAGGGAAUGUACCACAGAAAUACUUUAUAGUCACCAACAAUCAGCUUUUAAGAGUCAAGUACCUGCUUGUUUACUCUCAGAGGAGGCACCUGUCCAGGCCUGACCACAUAAUGACAGACCUGCUCUGUAUUAAAGGACCCUGCCCAUGCGUCCUCUCCCUGUCACCUCCCUCCCCAUGAAGCCUUUAUAAGCCUCUCAUACAGAGGGGGCACUACUUGCAAAAAAGAGGCUGAGCAUCUGGAAGGCUAACAAGUGGACAUAGCCACCUAUUUACACAGCAACAUCAAUCUCCUCUCUGAACGCCAGCC